AUGGCCACCCACGACGUCACGUACGUCAAACUCCACGACGCGUCGUCGCGAGCGACCAUCGCGCUAUACGCUGGUAUACCGACCCUCGAGCUUCAGUUGCUCGUGUCUGCCGCGCUCAAUCACUACGAUCGCGCGUGUACGGGCUUCCACGUCCCCGCCCAAGCCUCGUCGUCCAGACGGCCGGAACGUUCGCCGCACGUGCUUUCGCGCCUUGUCCCACUGUCGGUCGCGAGUCGCGCACCGGAACAACUGGUCGGCCCUGUCUCAGCUCUGUUUGCGCCAGUUCCAGCUGUUUCACAAGCAUUUGCAACGUCGGACACGACAUGGCUACAUUCCGAAAAAAGCGACGAAACCGAUAGUAAGGUGGACCACAUAAGUACCAAAGCAGCUGCAAUAGCGACUCAAGUCGGUCGUAACGGCAGCACGAAAAGCGACGGGAUGACUCAACCUGCCAAGCAAAUGGCUACAUCGCAGCCAAGUUCUAGGACCAAGUGGACGAAAGAGCGUGAGAUUGCUACAAGAACGCCCGAUCGUGCUUUUGUUGGCGUACAUAACGAGGAAGACGCGGUGGAUCAGCCGCAGUCGUCGUGCAAGUCAAUCGUUCAGGCUUUGCAUACGCUUCAGAUGCUGACGAGCUUGGAGCUUGAUAUUAUUGAAGCUUUAGUGGACCAGGACGAUUCGCAGGUGCUGCAGGUGCUUCGUGUUUACGAACAGAGUGCUGAUCGGGAUGUAACUGGGCUGAGAGAUGCGCUCGUGAGUAUCGUCGAAGAUAUUACGAUGGAACUUGGUGAUGAAGAAAAAGCAGCGGCGGCUUUUGCGCGUGGUCUAGGCGACGCUGUUCGAGAAGAGAGUGAAUGGGCUGACAGCGAAGAUAACAACGACGACUCGCUGGGUUGGCAGCACCAUUUGUACUUUCUGCUUCGCCAAUGGCAAGUUGAGCAACACCUUACACUGGCUGAUGUGUCGACGCUGCAAAACAUGGUGAACCAACGACAUAAUUUGUUGGAAAGUGCGUACGAAGUGUUUGCAGGUGACGGGGAUGCUAGCGAGCUCUUGGAUACACUGCAACGGGUGGCUAAACUGCAGCGGUUGAUUGAGCAAAGCCAAGUUGGGCAGAACGGUGUGGCUGGUGCACCUUUGAGCAGCCUGGUGAGCCUUGAAGAUGUCGUACAAGAGAUGCAACGUCGUGGUCUGGUGAAGAAUGGUGAUGCUGCUGGACUGUUGGUGUUGUUUCAUAGUGGUAAUGAAGCUCUUCGAGCUGCUAAUGAGGCGUUCCAAGCAGAUGGCGAUGUUCAUGAGUUGGAGGACACUUUGUUAUUGGUGGUGAAGCAUGCACGCUCUGGAUGCGAGGAAGAAGAGACUAGCUCGGCUGCUGAAGUCCAAGCUACGUGCCGGAUUUUGGCAGAUCUUGGAAGGAGUGGACUUCUUGAAUUGUGGCAGAUCCAGUUGUCGAUGUCGUUACUAAAGUGUCGCGACCCGCGCUUUUUUGCGGCCAUUGACGUGUAUCAUGAGGAUCAGGACACGAAUGAACUCGUAGACACACUUCGAAUUUUGGUCGAGUUGGUAGCUUGGGAGCGCCACCGCCGCGUAUUAGUGCACGAUUGGAUCCGUCCUUUGGCACAAAGUGGUAUGUUGCCGCACAGCGGGGUAGAGCUUCUAGUGCAGAUGGUGAAGGCGCGUGAUGGUCGCAUUGUCGCAGCUCUAGUGCAUUUUCUCAGCGACAAUAACAAAGAAGAGUUUGUGGAUACUCUGGUUCAGAUUGCAAGUCUCGAAACCACGAAGCUAUUCAAUUCUGCAGAUGGUCUGCCAGAGGAAGAGCACUUGUUACUGAAACUAGCUGGAGAGGUAGUAGACCAAGAAAGUGGACUCUUGUCGGACAUGAUAUGCAAAGAGGAUGAGGAACAGUUGCGCAGCAGAGAGCCACAACUGUCAGAUGUGAUGCACGUCAACGUAGCUACACGUGACGUAGAGAAACUUGCAGAUAUCGAGCGCCAAGUGGCAGCAGAUGCUGCCGACCAAAUGGAGUACGGGGACGCUAAGGAGGAGGCAGAGCUUACAGAGAUGCCGUUCGUUGAAACUGCUGUUACAAGUUUUGGUGCAGAACCCGCAGCUAAUGAUCGACAGGUCAAUGAAGAGACAUCCGGCAGCGACGCGACAAGGGCCGAGUCGAACGCACAGGGUACAGAAGGUGAUCAAAUCGAUGCUUUUGUUGAAGCUGCAACUCAAGACGACCACGACUUCUAUGCGGCUGCCGAGCGAUGUCAAAUGGAGCAAAUUGAAGGAACACCGGUACAAAAAGAAAACAUGCAGGAGGAUGUGGACGUUGACGAAGUGGGUGCAAAGAGCCAUGAUGUUGAAGAAGUGGAUGUUAGUCCUGACGUGCAGGAGCAAUGA